AUGUCUUCCCCAGUCCGAGUGUUGCGGUUCCCUAGAUCCGACAAGACUGGAGCAUUUGUGCUCGUCCAUGUCUUGCAGCACGGCUCUGCGCCGCUUGAUUUAACUCUGACAGCAACGGAAGGAGAACUGCCCUACAUUAGCCUACUGAAGCAAGCACAUCUGACGGAUCUUCGCGCAAAGAAUUACCAAGGGUCAGAGGGUGACUGGCUCAACACUUUGUCUCUGAUUCUGGGACAAUCCUCUCCUCCUUUGGGCGAUUUGGAAUGGGCCAGUGGCCUUGAAGCUCUGGCCACUGUUUCAGACUCCGAGGAAGACCAGCAAAUCGUGAUCACUAUACGGAAGCGAGUCCAGACUAUCACGCAACGUCUUGGUACACUCGUAUUGAAACAAGACGACGAGCAAGCCAUUGAACUCUUUGAGUGGAAUGGAAUUUCUGCUGCUCGAGCUGACAUACUGGAGCAACAAGUCUCCAGCUUGAAUUCUCGUUAUCGCGUGGCCGAGGACACGAUACACAAAUUAAACAAGCAGCUCGAGGAACUCAUGCAGGCAAAGAAUCAACACGAAACCCAACUGGUAGCCAAUUUCACGCAGCUUUUGAACGAGAAAAAGCUCAAGAUUCGCAACCAACAACGCCUUCUGGCAUCAGCAAUUCCAGAUCCAACCAAAGUCUUCGAAAUUGAAAAGACUCUACCUGGAGAGCAGCACGAUGUCGGUGAACAGUCCCACUCGACAAAAAGAAGCGCUCAUAGUUUGAGCGAGUCGGAGGAUUCCGAUGGAUUUGAAAAGAUGCAUAUCGAUGCGGAGCAGGCCGAUCAAGAAGCCAUCAAUGAUCAAAAUAGAGACCACGAGCGCUCAACUCCUCAGCGUCUGGAAGAGGAGAAAAACAACACGACAGAUGAUGAUUCGUCUCCAGAUGAUUAUGCCGAUGUGAAAUCUGUACCGCAACCAAGGGACACGGCUCCUCCUCGAAGAGAGCUCCCGUUUAUCAGAAGAACCGGAGGAGCAGCCAUGAAGUCCUCCUCAACCAUGACCCACGAAGAUGCAGAAGAAACAGCCGGGGAAACUGAUGACGAUGAACUGUGA